GACACCAGCUGUAAUAUAUGUCUUACUCGUUCUAGUAUUAGCUGACGUAUGCAUAAGGAAUAAAGUGAGUGAAAAGCCAACACGGCUUAGUUUUGUUACAAUACUUGGUGUCGUCGAAAGACAUCCAAGUUGACACCUAUAUUUUAAUGAGAUUUUUACGUUAGAAAAAGGCCGGAUUUUUCUACAUUGCAGUACUUGUACUGUAACGACUUGGCGCGAAUUAGGACAUUCCUACGUUAGUAAUGCAGCAAGCAGUUAUGGACUCUGCGGAGUUUUAUCAACCACAACAACAAUUAGGAGGCCAAAUGAUGUUGGUCGAAGGAGUGCUCAGAGCCGAUACUCUUCCAUUUGAGCCUCAAACCCAGACCCCAGCUAGUAGUUAUGACGCUCUAUUCCCUGCUCUUCCUGAAAGUGCUCCUUCUUUGCAAACGAAUAAGAACCACAAUGUUCAAAGAAGUAAUUAUAAUAUGAGAGUUGGUUCUUCAGUAGUGACUCAUGUCUUCAGAGUUCCUUUGGAGGAGAGGAAAUUUGACCAUAGUGAUAAAUUUGGUGAAGGUGAAUCAAUGAGGACAUGCCAAAAUAUUAUGGUAGAAACUGGUGCCCACAUAGAAAUAUCAAGCAGCAAAGAUCAAUCUCUCACUUUUCUUGUUACUGGCAAACAGAGUGAUGUCUUGGAUGCUCGCAGAAAAAUUUUGACUAACUUCCAAACCCAAGCUAGCCGUAAGGUUAGCAUUCCCAAGGAACACCAUCGGUGGAUUUUAGGCAAACAAGGAGCAAAGUUGAAGGAACUUGAAAAAAUUACUGCUACCAAGAUUACCGUCCCAAGCAUUAAUGAUGCUUCUGAUGUUAUUCUAAUUGUAGGCACUAAAGAAGGUAUUGAAAAGGCUGAGCAUGAAAUUAGAGUCACUUCUGAUGAACAGUCUAAAAAAGCUUCUGAAAGAGUAUCUGUACCCAAGAUGUAUCAUCCUUUCAUUUUUGGUCCUUACAAUGAGAAUUUGAAUGCUAUGACUGCAGAAACUGGUGCCAGAAUUAACAUUCCUCCACCUUCUGUAAUGAAAGAUGAAAUUGUCAUCGCAGGUGAAAAAGAAGGUGUAUUGGCUGCUAAAGCUAAAAUUGAGGCUAUCUAUCAUGAAAUGGAUAAAAAAUGCACGGCUGUCAGUGUGGAAGUUCCAAAAUCUCAGCAUAAAUAUGUUAUUGGGCCCAGAGGAGUUACAAUUCAAGAAAUCUUGCAAUUGACUGGUGUUUCUGUUGAAAUGCCACCAAGUGAUUCCAGCACCGGAACCAUUACUUUGAGAGGACCUCAAGAAAAACUAGGCCUGGCUCUGACUAAAGUCUAUGAAAAAGCCAACUCUGCAAAAGCUGUUAGUAUUGACGCUCCAUCAUGGAUUCAUAAAUAUAUCAUUGGAAAGAAAGGGUCAGAAAUUAGAAAAAUCACACAAGAUUUUCCUAAAGUUCAAGUUGAUUUUAUAGAUAAUGAAAAUAAAAUAAAGAUCGAAGGACCCCCAGAAGAAGUUGAAAAGGCUCAUGCAGAACUUACAGCAAAAGUUCAGGAAUAUGUUGAUAACUUCGGAUUUGCUACUUUGAACGUUGAUCCUAAGUAUUUCAAGCAUAUUAUUGGCAAAAGCGGAGCUAACAUCAAUAGAUUAAAGGAUGAGACUGGUGUCAUAAUAAACAUUGAUGAGCAGCAUGGCCAAAAUCAAAUUAGGAUUGAAGGUGUUGUUGAAGGAGUUGAAAAGGCUAGACAAGAACUUGAAGAAAUGGUUAUGAAGUUGCAAAAUGAAAAAGAAAAAGAUAUUAUAAUUGAUCAUAGGCUUCACAGAAGCAUAAUUGGUAACAAAGGUGAAAAUAUUAGAGAAGUAAGAGAUAAAUUUAAAGAAGUACAAAUUUUAUUCUCUGGACCUGGUGAGAAAAAGGAUUUGGUUAAAUUGAGAGGACCGAAAGAUGAUGUUGAUAAAUGUCAUAAACAUCUGAUGAAAAUGGUUAAAGAAUUGGCUGAGAGUUCAUAUAUGAUUGAAGUUCCCAUUUAUAAACAGUUCCAUAAAUUCAUUAUAGGAAAAGCUGGAGCUAACAUUAAAAAGAUUCGCGAUGAAACUCAAACAAAAAUUGAUUUACCAGCUGAAGGAGAUACAAAUGAAGUAAUAACCAUCACUGGUAAAAAAGAAAAUGUUGAAGAAGCGAAAAAAUUAAUCCAGAAGAUUCAAAAUGAAUUGGCCAAUAUUGUUACUGAGGAAAUCACAAUUCCUCCUCAGUAUUACAACUCACUUAUUGGAGCAGGAGGAAAAUUGAUUCAUUCAAUAAUGGAAGAUUGUGGUGGCGUCAUAAUUAAGUUUCCUAAUGUCGAAACAAAAAGUGAUAAGGUUACUAUAAGAGGUCCGAAAGAGGAUGUUGAACGUGCCAAACAACAACUUUUAGAAUUGACUACAGAAAAACAAUUAUCUAGUUUCACUGCUGAAAUCCGUGCAAAAUCUCAGCAUCAUAAAUUUUUGAUUGGCAAAAAUGGUGUCAAUAUCAAGAAAAUUCGUGAUCAGACUGGUGCCAGGAUAGUUUUUCCUAGUGAAAAGGAUGAAGACCAAGAAGUUAUCACAAUUAUUGGAAAGAAAGAGUCUGUGGAAAAUGCUAAAAAACAACUGGAAGUCAUUAUUAAGGAAAUUGACAACAUAACUGAAAGUGAUAUGGUUGUUGAACCAAGACAUCAUAAACAUUUUGUUGCAAGGCGAGGUGAAGUUCUUCACAAAAUCACUGAUGAAUGUGGAGGCGUUACCAUAUCUUUCCCAAGACCUGGAGUGCAAAGUGAUAGAGUUGUGCUUAAGGGAGCUAAAGAAUGUAUUGAGGCAGCUAAAUUACGUAUUCAAGAAAUUGUAGAUGAUUUGAAUGCUAUGGUUACAGUAGAGUGUGUCAUUCCACAAUGCCACCAUAGAUCUGUCAUGGGUGCCAAAGGUUUUAAGGUUCAAGGAAUAACUGCUGAGUUUGAUGUUCAAAUCAAGUUCCCCGAUAGAGUUAACCCAGAAUAUCAAAACACCAAUGAAGACCAACAAGUAAAUGGUGACACCGAAUCUUCUGAUCACAAUGAAACUGUUCGUCAAUGUGACAUCAUUCGUGUUACUGGCAAACAAGAGAACUGUGACCGUGCUAUACAAGCUCUCUUGGACUUGGUGCCAAUCACCAUUGAAGUAGAUGUACCAUAUGAUUUCCACAAAUCUAUUAUUGGCCAAAAAGGCAGAUAUGUUAGAGAACUUAUGCAAAAAUAUGAUGUUCAUAUCUCUGUCUCUCCACAAGAACAGAAACUGAAUGCUAUUAAGAUUAUUGGAACUCAAACUAAUGUUGAGGAAGCAAAAAUAGCAAUUGAAGAGCGUUGCAAAGAAUUAGAAGCCGAACAAGAGGAUAGGAAACUACGAUCAUUUGAAUUGAAAUUUGAAGUUGAUCCUGAAUACCACCCUAAAAUCAUUGGCAGACGUGGUGCCGUGAUUAACAAAAUACGUACUGACCAUAAUGUGCAAAUCAAUUUCCCAAAACGAGGUGAUCCUGAUGAGAACAUAGUCACUAUUCAAGGGUAUGAAAAGAAUGCUCAUGAAGCUAAAGAAAGUAUAAUGAAGAUCGUAAAUGAAUGGAAUGAUCUUUACAAGGAACAAGUAGAAAUCGAUUCAAGAGUUCACUCACGUCUAAUUGGUGCUAGGGGUAGGAACAUUCGCAAGCUGAUGGAUGAUUUCAAAGUUGACAUUAAGUUCCCCAGAAGUGAAGAUGCUAACUGUAAUUUGGUUACUAUUAUUGGACCAGAAGACAAUGUUCUGGAAGCUAAGGAUCAUUUACUCAAUUUGGAGGAAGAAUAUAUGCAAGAUGUGAGCGAAGCCGAGUUCCGUGAAAGUUUCCGUCCGUCUGCUCCCGUUCUCGGCGACUCAUUCGAUGACCCCAAACUUCGUAAACACCAGAAUCAAGCUGAUGAAUCAAAUCAACCUCGCGAGUUUGUUGUGAAAGGUGGCCCUUGGGAACAAAGAGCUCCAAAUACUGCAUCUGUAGAAGAGUUUCCUUCGUUUGGACGUAAUUUCGGUCCAGCUCUAUCCGAACCUGCGCCACCUGUCCAGGCUAAUGGCGCAUGGGGCCAACCUCGUUAAGAUAAAGAUUAUUAAAACUGAAGGCUUGAAGUUAUUGAAAGUGGAAGAGCUGUUUGUUGUAUCGGUUAGUUGCAUGUGUUUCUUAAUUGACAACUAAUCACCAUGUUUAACAUGUGUCCAUCAUCAUGUGGCAACUAUGUGGAUUAGUUGUAACAUUUGUGCAUGUUAUAAAUUAGCAAAAUUUUCAAAAUAUUUUUUUUACAUAUCUCGGCAUGCAUUUUUUUCGUAUGCAAUUUUUGAAUGAUUACAGAACUGCAACUUUUUUAUUGUGGUUGUCUUAAUACAAGCUUGUCGUUUCCUAUAAAAUGAAUGUUCAUUUAAAUUUUGAUUAUUAAUUUUGCACAUAUGUUUGUGCAUAUUUUCUAUUUCUUAUGCUAUUAUUUUCUAGUUCUAAUGCGGUUUCGCAAAUUUUUCCAUGCUGUUUGG